AUGAGUACCAAACCCAAGUUCGUCUCUUCUGCCCUGCUCUUCUUCCUCUACUACCAUCUCUUUCUUCACCAUUCACAAGCUCAAAUAGUAUCAAGACCAGUCACUGAAGGCUACACCUGCAUAGCCAACCAGAGCACCUAUCCAUGCCAUACCUAUGUCUUUUACAGAGCCUCGGCUCCUGACUUCCUUGACCUUGCCACCAUAGGUGACCUCUUCUCUGUUAGCCGCUUCAUGAUUUCAAAACCAAGCAACAUCUCCUCCUCAAACGCAACUCUCGUCCCUGACCAGCCUCUUUUUAUCCCAAUCCCUUGUUCCUGCAAUUCUCCCAACGCCACCAUGACCAUUUCUUAUGCCAAUCUCUCAGUCACAAUCAAAUCAGGUGACACUUUUUUCCGCCUCUCGAGCCGCAGCUUUCAAAACCUCACCACAUACCAAUCUGUUGAGCUUGUUAACCCUGAUCUUGUGGCUACCAACUUGACAAUUGGUGUCACUGCAUAUUUUCCGAUCUUUUGCAAGUGCCCAAACAGAACCCAGUUGCAGAACCAAGUCAAUUAUCUCGUCUCCUAUGUGUUUCAGCCUUCUGAUAACAUAUCAGCAGUUGCUUCACUGUUUGGGGUGCAGGAAAAAUCUAUAACUGAUGUUAAUGGCAAUAACAUUCAGCCUUUUGACACCAUUUUUGUACCAGUGACUCAGCUUCCAGAGCUUUCACAGCCUGAUGUUACUCCUUCUGCUGCAGCUUCUGUGAAGACUGAGAGGAAAGGGUUAAUAAGAGGAUUGGCAAUUGCGUUGGGGUUCACUGGGUUUUUGUUGAUUUUGGUUGUUGGGUUUUCAAUUUACAGAGAUGGUAAGUUGAAAAAGAGGGUAGGUAGGAAGGGAGAUGAGGAGAAGGAGAACCAAAUUCUGUAUAGGAGCAAACAGGGAUCUAAGCAGUCAAAGGAAAUGGAGGUGAGUUUGAUGGCUGAUGUUUCAGAUUGCUUGGACAAGUACAGAGUUUUUGGAAUUGAAGACUUGAGAGAGGCUACAAAUGGAUUCAGAGAGAAUAGCUUGAUUGAAGGCUCUGUGUACAAAGGUUCCAUUAAUGGAGAGCUCUAUGCCAUCAAGAAGAUGAAGUGGAAUGCCUAUGAGGAGCUCAAGAUCUUACAAAAGGUAAACCAUGGAAAUUUGGUGAAGCUAGAGGGCUUCUGCAUAGACCAUGAGGAUGAUUGUUGCUAUCUAAUUUACGAGUUUGUCGAAAAUGGUUCUCUAUAUUCAUGGCUGCAUGAAAACCAUAAUGAAAAAUUGGGUUGGAAAACAAGGCUGCGAGUUGCUAUUGAUGUUGCUAAUGGUCUCCAAUACAUUCAUGAGCACACAAGGCCGAAGGUUGUGCACAAAGACAUCAAGAGCAGCAAUAUUCUCUUAGACUCGAACAUGAGAGCCAAAAUAGCCAAUUUUGGGCUAGCAAAGACUGGUUGCAAUGCCAUAACAAUGCACAUUGUUGGAACUCAAGGCUACAUUGCACCGGAGUAUCUAGCUGAUGGGGUGGUGUCAACAAAAAUGGAUGUGUUCUCUUUCGGGGUGGUUUUGCUCGAGCUUGUUUCGGGGAAGCCGGCCAUUGAUGAAGGUGGGAAUGUUUUGUGGGCAAGCGCUGGUAGGAUUUUGGAGGGGAAUGAGGAAGAGAAGGCAAGGAAAUUGCGUGAGUGGGUGGACAGGGAACUUUUCUUGGAGUCUUGCUCAAUGGAAAGCAUAGUGAAUGUUGUGACUGUUGCCAUUGCUUGUGUGCAUAGAGAUCCUUCAAAAAGGCCAAGUAUGGUAGACAUUGUUUAUGCCUUGUGCAAGAGUGAUGAUCUGUUUUUUGACAUCUCCGAUGAUGGAUCAUCGGCUCCCCCAGUACGAGCGAGGUGA